AUGAUUCACAACUUUGAACUACAGACUAAAUUACAGGGAGUUCGGGAUGAUGUCUGGCACAGGAUCUUCCCAGCCACUCUGUCAGAAAUUGGCCAACAAUGGUUCUUUAAGCUACAGCCAGUGUCAAUUACAUCAUGGGAUGAAUUUGUACGCCCAUUCUAUUCCCAAUUCUCCUCAGCAAUGCCCCUUCCCGCCAAGCCGAAUGACCUGGUGGCCAUAAAACAAAGAGAUAAUGAACCUUUGAAGGACUACACUCAAUGUUUUAUGCGGGAAGCCACCAGAGUGAAAUCCCUUAGUGAUGAUGGUAAAAUAAUAGCCAUCAAUUCAGGAGUUAAGGUAAAGAGUCUGUUCUGGAGCAGUUUGAAAAGGAAGUUUGCACGUACCACCCAAGAGUUCCUUGAUCGAGCAAAGGAAUUCAUUAAGCUUAAGGAGGCCAAGCAAAAGGUGGAUAAUCCAAUUCAGACGGCUACUGAGCAGGGAAAACAGAUGCUAGGAAUACCACCAACCCUGCAGAGGGAUGAAGGAAUGGGGCUAAGAAUGGAAAACACAGUUGUUGUACCAUACACAAGACCUCCACCAAUGAGGAAGGAUGUUAAUAGAAGGGAUAUGACAAAAUUUUGUCGGUUUCACAAUGAUUAUGGUCAUGAAACCAAUGAAUGUAAUCACCUGAAGGAGGAGAUAGAAUUCCUCAUUCGACAAAACAAUGCUCAUCUAAAAAGGUAUGUACUCCUGACUACCGACCAACAUCAUCAACAGCCUCCUCAACAACAAUCUCAACAGUAUCAGAGCAAUCAACCUCUCCUACAACCACCAGCUGUUGAUCGGCUAGAUAUGAUUUGCAGCGGGCCACAUUUGGCCAACAACUCCGGCAAAGCUCGAGAAAGAUAUGCUCGUUCCCUUAAGCACGGGCAGGAGGAAGUUGUAUUGGCUGUCCAGGAGCGUACUCCCAAACAACCUCGAUACGAGUAUGAGCCCAUUACGUUCAGCUAG